AGGAAAGUGAUUCCAAUGCAAAAUAUCUAUUCUAAUUUUUGUAAGGGUGUCCUUUUGCAUUUGGUUAUCAGGGAAACAUUAGAGAUAUAUUCUGAAGAUAUAAGGGAAGUUACAAUUUCUCUUGUGAAGUUCAUUACUAUGUCUUUGGGGCUUCAAGACACACAGAUAUCAGAAAGUUUCCGAGAAGGACUAUAUGAAAUAAGGAUGAAUUGCUACCCACCCUGUCCAGAGCCUGAAAGGGUACUUGGGAUUGUGCCCCAUGCUGACAAUUCCGGGAUCACUCUUUUGCUUGAUUGUGCUGAUUUUCCAGGGUUGCAGUUCCUCAAAGAUAAAAAAUGGGUCAAUGUUGAACCUAUAGAAGGGGCCAUUGUUGCAAACAUUGGCCAAAUUAUUGAGGUGAUGAGCAAUGGGAUAUACAAAGCACCUGAGCAUAGAGCUGUAGUAAAUAAGUUGAAGGGGAGGUUUUCAAUAGUGACAUUCUGCUAUCCAAGCCCUCACAUGGCUAUUGGACCUUCUGACAAGCUUAUAGGAGAAGGAAAUGCAGCUAUAUUCAAGAAAUUGACACAUGCAGAGUAUUUCAGCAAGUUUUUCAAUAGGGACCUUGAUGAAUUGUUUAUUGAUAGUCUGAGAGUAUGAUCAAUGAUGUGAUUUCUAUAGUGCUCUACCAACUGAGCUAUAUCGCCCCGAACCAAGUCAGUUUGCAUGUUUGCAGAUGCUGACUGAGAUUGCUCACAAGCCUCUAGAAUGAACUGAUUAUGUUUAUGAUACCAAACUCAUAACAGUAGGGCUACAGCCAGAUAGACUGUAGUUUUAGAGUUUUGUAGGCAUUCUGUACAUAUGUGCAUGGCAUUUGGAAGGAAUGAAGUCAAGGUGAAGGGCUACUUUACACGGUUUGGACACAUUUUAAGUGCACUGAUGGAUACACUGUUUGCUUUGGACUGAAUGAAAAGAUACUAUUAGCAUGGACUGAAUGAAAAAGUGUCAAUGUUUGCUUUAUGGUUCAACACGUUUUUCCAUCAAUGAAAUGGUCCUUAAAUUCAACAUAAUUCAUAUGUAAAAGAAUCAUGAAUCAAGAGCUUCUUGAUCUUGGUUAAAAUUCAUAUGGAUACUUGGUUGAUUUUUUAUAUUGACCAAGGUUGUUAUUUCUCGAUAUAUAUUGCAUUCAUUGAUUGCUUUC